AUGGGCCUCUCAUAUAACGUCUAUCUCAACAGCCGUAAGAUCUACGGAUGUAAGAACUGCAAGGCACAUCUGGGGGACCAUGAUGAUAUUAUGUCAAGGAAUUUCCGCGGCCAGCACGGCAAAGCCUACCUUUUCAAUAACGUCGUAAACGUAACAGCCGGCGAAGCCAGCGAGCGCAACAUGACGACCGGCCGCCAUAUCGUGCGCGAUAUCCAAUGCCAGCAGUGCAGCGAGACGGUGGGUUGGAAAUAUGAUAAGGCGUUCGAGGCAAGCGAGAAGUAUAAGGAAGAUAAAUAUAUUCUAGAGGCGGAGUUGCUGUGCAAUGUUACGUGA